UUCGGCCUUCUCGGAUGGCGUUGCAUUUGCUUUUUGUUUUUCUCCCGGUCUUACUUCUCUGAAGAUGUGUGUUCUCUCCGUUCUUUCCGGCCGAUGAACGUGGUUUCUGAUCUUUUAUUUAAGAAUCGGUGGGAGCAGCAGCAACAUUUACCUUGUUGGUUUUCGUGUUUUUGAUCUAUUCGUGCACGGUUUGGCGUCCUGGUUACAGAUCUGAAGAAGGAAGCCAUGGAGGAUCAGGUUAAGCACCCGACAGUGGUCCAGAAGUUUGCUGGCCAGUUCCAUCUUAGAACUAGCUUUUCUCAGGAUCUACAUGCUCGGAAUCGCAGCUUCUAUGGCCCGUCUUUGUAUGGGAAUUCCUUCACAACAGGAAACUAUAUCAAUGGGGGUUUUCAGAAAUCAACUAUGCAGGCUUGCAAUGCUAGCUGUGGUAUCCCCACUAUGUCAUCUGUGUUGCCUGUUUUUGCCAAUGCUCCUGCUGAAAAAGGUUUUACAAGCUUUGCUAUAGAUUUCCUUAUGGGUGGAGUUUCUGCUGCAGUCUCUAAGACUGCAGCUGCUCCAAUUGAACGUGUGAAACUACUGAUACAGAAUCAGGAUGAGAUGAUCAAAACUGGUCGUCUUUCUGAACCUUACAAAGGGAUUAGUGAUUGCUUUGGCCGAACAAUCAGAGAUGAGGGUGUUGCAUCACUUUGGAGAGGGAACACGGCUAAUGUCAUUCGUUAUUUUCCAACUCAGGCUUUGAACUUUGCCUUUAAGGAUUACUUCAAGAGAAUGUUCAAUUUUAAGAAAGACAAAGAUGGAUACUGGAAAUGGUUUGCUGGAAAUCUUGCUUCAGGUGGUGCAGCUGGUGCUUCCUCUCUGCUUUUUGUGUAUUCUCUAGAUUAUGCCCGUACACGUUUAGCAAAUGAUGCAAAAGCAGCAAAGAAGGGAGGUGAAAGGCAAUUUAAUGGUCUUAUUGAUGUGUACCGAAAGACCAUGCAAUCAGAUGGUAUUGCUGGACUCUACAGAGGAUUCAACAUUUCAUGUGUUGGGAUUAUUGUGUAUCGUGGUCUUUACUUUGGAAUGUAUGACUCUUUGAAGCCUGUACUCCUCACAGGAAAUCUCCAGGAUAGUUUCUUUGCAAGCUUUGCUUUGGGUUGGUUGAUCACAAAUGGUGCUGGACUUGCAUCAUAUCCUAUCGAUACCGUUAGGAGAAGAAUGAUGAUGACAUCUGGGGAAGCCGUCAAGUACAAGAGCUCCUUGGACGCUUUCUCCCAGAUCUUGAAGAAUGAGGGAGCCAAGUCACUAUUCAAGGGUGCAGGUGCUAACAUUCUUCGUGCCGUUGCGGGUGCAGGUGUGCUGGCUGGUUAUGACAAGCUGCAGCUCAUCGUCUUCGGCAAGAAGUAUGGUUCGGGUGGUGCUUAAGGAUACAUAUCAUCCUUCCAUGAUGACGAAAAUGGAAACCAUUUUUCUUUUUGAGAUUACAUGCAUCUCUUGAUGAAGAAUUAUCAAAUUUGAAUAAAUCUUUUAUAGAGAGAGUUUUCCCUCCAAUUUUCUUUUGCUGGAGAUUUGUUCUCCAUAACUUUGAUUAUUUUCAGAUAGCGAAUCCGCAAAACUAUUUCUGUUGAAUGACAUUAAUGAAGUUGUCAAGAGAUGAAUCAAAUGGUGUUUUUCUUU